UCCAGGAAGUGUUUUGCUCCCUCAAAGCGGAAGCGAAUUAUUUGGUGGACCUGAAACUGUUUUAGGGGGAAAUUGUUUACGAGGAAUAAAGACACGCAAAAUUAUAUAUCGGGUGUGUGGAGUGGAUGUUGUCUUUCUUGAACCUGAACACUCUGCUGUGGUAGAUCCAUCUGGUGUCACCUCCAGUAGUGCAAUCACUGCCAUUGCUGAUCUUCAGAAUUGGCACCAGUCUUCACACAUAGCUGACCUGUGCUUUCUGACUACCAAUGGCUGGGCGUGGUGGUGGAGCAAAUAGGCCUAAUGGUGCCACGGCGGCAAACAAAAUCUGCCAGUUCAAGCUGGUGCUGCUGGGGGAGUCGGCUGUGGGCAAGUCCAGCUUAGUGCUGCGCUUCGUUAAAGGCCAGUUCCAUGAAUUCCAGGAGAGCACAAUUGGAGCUGCAUUCCUCACGCAGACGGUCUGUCUGGACGACACCACUGUGAAGUUUGAGAUCUGGGACACAGCAGGUCAGGAGCGAUACCACAGCCUCGCCCCGAUGUACUAUAGAGGCGCUCAAGCAGCCAUCGUGGUAUAUGACAUCACUAACAUAGACACAUUUGCACGUGCCAAAAACUGGGUGAAGGAGCUUCAACGGCAGGCCAGUCCCAACAUUGUGAUUGCUCUGGCAGGCAACAAGGCAGACAUCGCUGACAAGAGAGCAGUGGAUUUUCAGGAGGCGCAAACUUAUGCUGAUGAGAAUAGUCUGCUCUUCAUGGAAACAUCAGCCAAGACUGCGAUGAAUGUCAAUGAAAUUUUUAUGGCCAUUGCAAAGAAGCUUCCAAAGAACGAGCCUCAGGGCGGAGCAGGACAAGGGGGGCGGACAAGGACCGGAGUGGAUCUACAAGAAACGAGCCCAGCAGGCCGCAGCACUGGCUGCUGCGGUGGUCAUUAGCAAGUGCGAAACAACGAACUUAGAGAACGAGCCGUGAACAUUGUUUUAAGGACAACAUGUAGCUAAAACACAGGCAGGUAGCAGAUGGCCGAGCCUCUCACUUCUCCUGUAUUUAAUCUGAUAUUACAGAUGUGAUUAUCUGGAUCCUCUUUGAUUAAAAGAACUUUAACAAGAAUCAUAAGCUAGAGGGAACUCCCAGCAUUCUCCAGUACUUCUUUCCUGUCUUUCCUCUGUUUGUCUAAAACCCUGUUCAUCUUCUGUCUCUGUUGAUUCAGCUCUGUUUGACUUUACUUUUUUUCAAAGCGUGAUCCUGAGAUUGUUGCCGUUCUGUUUGAGCAUGCGUGCAUUUUCUGAAUGUGUGUCAGUGUGUGUGUGUGUGGUCUACACUGUCAUUUUCUUAACUGCUGAUCUUUAAUUAGUCAACAAGUACGCAAUAUUAUCAAUGCUAACAUUGCAAGCAGCAGAGCGAUGACGCUUUUUGUAUUAUUACAAUAAAAUUCACAUUAUCAUAUACCUGUUUGAACCUGGGAUUAACUCAGUAGUUACUAAUGUGUAUAGUAAGGUCUUUGUGUGCAUCUACCCAUACUACAAAGACUACAUUUUAACAUGUAAAGAACAUUGUUGCCUUGAAUGUCUUGAAGGGAAAAUGUCACAAAUGAAUCAGUUUUUGUGAGUGGAACUCACUGACUUUUGCACAAAUAUUGCUGAAAGACACUGAGGUCCACCUACACUGAAGGUCUGACCACCGGUUUCAAUCUAGAUAAUUUGACAAGCAUACUGAUGCAAAUGCAUGCAUUUUCUAUACCUAUAUAUCUCCCUGAAGAUCACAGCAACUGAUUGGAUUUUCAUGCCCAGUUGGAAAGGUAUUAGUUAAUUCUGAGAAGGGCUCAGACUGUUAUAAAAAUGCUAAAAAUUCAUUUUUGAAGCGUGUGAUGAUUUAACUCCUCUAAAGAAAAGCUUCUGAAAGGUGUGAAAAUAAAUCUAUAGUUGCUUUCAUUUGUUGUGUCCUGAUAACUAACACCAAAAAGUUGUUAGUCAUUUUUUAAAAAGAACUAUGAAAUAACUUGUAAAUCAAAAAAUAAAUAACAUGCAAGACUU